AUGUCUGACGGAUACAAUGAAGCACGUGCUCUACGAGUAUCUGAACUCAUCAAUGACUUCCGAACAUUGCUUGUUCAUAUCUCCCAGCUGAAGCUAGACGCUACAGAAAUGGCAGAGGUGGCUCAAGGUUACGUCCUGAUGAGACAAUGCGUUGCCGAAGCUCAGGAGCUGUUGGCAUCGCAGUUUGACAUCCAGUCUAUACAAAAUUUACAAGGUGACGGUGAAUUUGAGAAGGUCCAGCUACAGAGGAUUAUUCUCGAUGCCAGCGCACGCAGAUUCCAGGCACACAAGAUCUAUCAGCGCAUGGCGGCAGCCAGACGAUGGGCGAUGGGCCGAGCACAGGUGCUCCAGGACCAACGCCCCAGCUCUCAUCAUACUGCUGCCCUUGCUGCUCUAGACGAUACCCUCCGUACUGAGCUUUCGAGGAUUACGGAUAGUUAUGUCUUGAGCACCCUUGCCUCCGCCGAUGUUCGUGCAGGCUACUGGCUCAACGAAGACCCUUCCCUGAGCACCAUACUGAACUGGAUUUGGUCGCACUCUUAG